AUCCAUAGACUAGGCUGGAUCUGCCUGCUUCCCUUGCAUUCGAAUACGGUGGUUGUUUCUAAGAGGAUAUCUCCUAGACCACUUAGUUUUACGAUCCGACCAGGUCGACUAAAUAAUUCAUCAAAAUGCCUUUCAAGCCAGUAGAACACCCAAAAUGCCCCAAAUGCGAGAAAUCCGUCUACGCUGCCGAAGAACGUGUAGCUGGAGGAUACAAAUUCCACAAAUCCUGCUUUAAAUGCGGCCUUUGUGGAAAAAUGUUGGACUCCACCAACGUAACUGAACACGAGGCUGAGCUUUACUGCAAGAACUGCCACGCCCGCAAAUACGGACCUAAAGGUUACGGUUUCGGUGGCGGUGCUGGAUGUCUCAGUAUGGACACUGGAUCCCAUCUCCAAGGGGACGAUAUUGUCAUCAACAGAGCUGUUCUGCUCCCAAAGGCCAUUGCUAAAGCACCUGAAGGCGAAGGAUGUCCCAAAUGUGGAGGAUUUGUUUACGCUGCUGAGCAAAUGCUUGCUAGGGGACGUGCGUUCCACAAAUCUUGCUUCAAAUGCGGAGAAUGCAGCAAAAGAUUAGAUUCUGUCAACGUGACCGAGGGUCCUGACAAGGACAUCUACUGCAAAGUUUGCUACGGAAAGAAGUUCGGUCCCAAAGGAUACGGAUACGGUCAAGGUGGCGGCACCUUGCAAAGCGACACCGUCUCCAUCAGUGGGCAAGCUCCUAAGAUUACCGUUAUUGAUACGGCCUGCAUCAAGGCUGCACCAGGUGAAGGUUGCCCCCGUUGCGGAGGUGUCGUCUUCGCAGCUGAAGAAGUUCUGGCUAAAGGUCGCCCAUGGCAUCGCAAGUGCUUCAAGUGCCACGAUUGCCACAAAACUCUCGAUUCUAUCAUCGCUUGCGACGGUCCAGACCGCGAUGUUUACUGCAAAACUUGCUACGGCAAAAAGUGGGGACCUCAUGGUUAUGGAUUCGCUUGCGGUAGUGGCUUCUUGCAGACCGAUGGGCUGACCGAGGACGAGAUCUCUCAAAAUCGGCCAUUCUACAAUCCCGACACUACUUCGAUCAAGGCUGCACCUGGUCAAGGAUGCCCACGUUGUGGGGGCGCUGUAUUUGCUGCUGAACAACAGCUGGCCAAGGGAACUAUGUGGCACAAGAAGUGCUUCAACUGCGCCGAAUGCCAUCGUCCUCUGGACUCGACUUUGGCUUGCGAUGGUCCCGAUAAGGAAGUCCAUUGCCGUGCUUGCUACGCCAAACUUUUCGGACCUAAAGGUUUCGGCUUUGGACACAGUCCCACUUUAGUGUCCACUGGGGGAGCUGCAACGGCCAUUCACGAUCCCCGUCCAAACAGCGGAUCGCGAGCCGCCCCUGGACAUGGUUGCAGGAGGUGCGGAUACCCCGUCUAUGCUGCUGAGCAAAUGGUCAGCAAGAGCGGAAUCUUCCACAAGAGGUGCUUCAGUUGCUCGGACUGCGGUCGCUCUUUGGAUUCAACCAACCAAAAUGACGCUCCCAAUGGUGAAAUUUACUGCAGAGGAUGCUACGGGCGCAAUUUCGGGCCCAAAGGAGUCGGUUUUGGAAUGGGGGCUGGAACACUUACCAUGGCUUAGACUUUGUCAAACUGCUCUUUCUUAAUCAACUGGAAACAUUCGCAAAACUCGAACACCUUGAGGAAAGUUUGAAAUACUAGUAUGUUCUGAACGCAAAAAGGCGACGCGACAGGCCUGGACAUUUAACAACGAAUUUUUAUGAUCUUGUCGAAUUUUUGUGUUUUCGAAUAUUUGCAGUUUUCAUUUUGUAGACAUUGAUUAAGACUGCUGUAAAAUAUUAAUUACACUUAACUUCAUGAGGAUAUCCCCGCUUAUUAAACCGAAGUCAACAGUUGCGCACCUUAAAUAAGGAUUAUUUAAUCUAGGGUAAACAUUAGCUUCACUGAAAGCACAUUUUUGAAAGGUAUUUUUUAAAUGAUUUUUAUAAUAUAUACAAUUCCACAAUUUAACGAGACUCAGAGGGAACAUAAGACUCAGACCGCUGGUUUCCGGACACCAGCCCCAGAACACGGAUGUACUUCCUUCGAACGAAGCAGGUCGACCUGAGAAAACAUUUUUUUUUUUGUAUAUAUCUACACUGGCCAUUUUUAUGGUCUAUAUCGAACGGAUGCUUAGCGCUUUGCAAAUAUGUAAUGUUUUUCGCUGUAUAUUAUACGAUUUUUUCUUUAGAUGUAAAUCUUACUUCAAAUAAACGAUUUAGAAAUGAUAAA